AUGACACAGCCAAUCGCGAUUCAACCCAAGCCAGUGAAGAAGCCCGAGCAUACCACUAGCUACCAAGACAAAUGCGAAGGUUGCGACAUCCAACGAGUUGGCAAUCCUUAUACUGCGUGUGCUUGUUGGUCAAAGUGCAAGACCUGUGACAAGUCCACGAUCACUUCGCACAGAGAGCUGUACCAUAUUCAGAAUGUUUCUAUGGGGAAAUGCACUUGUCCCAAGACAACGGCUUAG